CUUGCAAGUGUUGUGGUUUAAAUCAAUCCUCGGCGAGUGGCUGCCUGCCCAAGGAAUUGGAUACCCAAAAUAGGCGGUGCCUAAAUAUGGUUUACUUUAGUCCGCGUGGCAUGCAACCGUGUAGUCCAGCGGGAGAAGUCGCAAUGAUGCCGCCAUCGAAGAGUCCCGUGAUGGAGAGCGCCGCCUCCGACCAGAAUCCGAGUCAGCAGAGUCCGCCGAGUGGCGGUGAUCAGAGUGCAGCCAAGCGGGCAUGUCCUUUGAAGUUCUCCAUAGCCAAGAUUAUGGAGCCGGAUCACAGGCCCACUCAAGCAGCAGCACCACCGCAACAGCCGCCGGUACAGCACCAUUCCCAACCCGACGAGGACGAUGAGGAUCCCGAUAUUGAUGCGGAUUCGGAACGCUCUUGCAGUCCCAUCGAGGUGAUCAGCCUGGAUCACUCACCCUCCGCCGUUAAUUACGAUUCCGCCUUCAAGAAGUAUGUGCCGGGUGUCUCUACGAUGCCCAGUUCCUCGACGGUUGGAUCAUCGCCAUCGAGCACGAGCAGUGCUGCAGUGCAGCAGUUUGUGAGCUCCCGCCACCAGGAGCUGCUCUCCCAAUAUCCCCUCCUCUACUAUGCUCCCAAUCAGCUGAUGUGUGCCGCAGCUGCUGCCCAAUAUGCAGCCUUGACCGCUCAGCAGCAAUCCCUGGCCAGUGCCGCUCACCUGAGCAGCUUCACUGCCUCCCUGAAUGCCACGUUGCAUCACUCGCAAUCGCUGAGGAGGAACCUGGGACAUCCCCUGGCGGCAGCAGCUGCUGCAGCUGCUGUGGCCCAAUCCCAGGCAGUGCCCAGUAGCCUGCAACAGAGUCUGGAGAAGUCACCGGUGGCUCAAAGGACAUCAUCAUCAUCGAGUCAAACUGCUGGUCUGCAAGGCAACAACCUGAAGAGGAAGCGAUCGCCGCAGGAUCAGGGUGAGGUGACACCACCACCACCGACUGUGGCAGCAGCUCGAUCCCGUUCACGCUCCCUCCCCCAAGGAUCCGUGGAGGAUAGCAGUCCGGGAUCAGCGAACGGAGGCAAACCCAAGACCUUCUCGUGCCUGGAAUGCGGCAAGGUGUUCAAUGCUCACUACAAUCUCACCCGCCACAUGCCCGUCCAUACCGGAGCCCGUCCUUUCGUAUGCAAAGUGUGCGGCAAGGGAUUCCGUCAGGCCUCCACUCUCUGCCGGCACAAGAUCAUCCACACAUCAGAGAAGCCGCACAAGUGUCAGACCUGCGGCAAGGCCUUCAAUAGAUCCUCCACACUGAACACUCAUGCCCGUAUCCAUGCCGGCUACAAGCCUUUUGUGUGCGAGUACUGUGGCAAGGGAUUCCAUCAGAAGGGAAACUAUAAGAACCACAAGCUCACCCACUCCGGGGAGAAGGCAUACAAGUGCAGCAUCUGCAACAAGGCCUUCCAUCAGAUCUACAACCUCACCUUCCACAUGCACACGCACAAUGACAAGAAACCGUACACCUGCCGGGUGUGCGCCAAAGGAUUCUGCCGGAACUUUGACCUGAAGAAGCAUAUGCGAAAGUUGCAUGAGAUUGGUGGAGAUCUGGAUGACCUGGAUAUGCCGCCAUCCUUUGACAGGAGGCGAGAGUAUACCCGCCGGGAGCCACUCUCCUCGGGUGGUUAUGGUCAGGCCUCGGGUCAACUGACUCCAGACUCCAGUUCUGGCAGUCUUUCGCCGCCCAUCAAUGUGACCACACCUCCUCUGUCCAGUGGAGAGACGAGUAAUCCCGCCUGGCCGCGUUCUACGGGAUCUCACUAUGCCGCCGGGGGUUUCCAUCACCUGGGAGUGGUGGCUCCUCCACAGGAUUAUCCCAGCUCUGCCUUCCUGCAACUCCAGCCGCAGCAGGCACAGCAGCCACAUCCGCAACAGCAUCAGCCGCAGCAGCAGCAGCAGCAGCAGAGACUCUCGGAGACCUUCAUUGCCAAGGUGUUUUGACAGAGAUACUAUGCGGACAGCUUGAACAGCUCCACGGCGGCAUCGACGACCAGCACCACGGUGACCAAUACGACCACAUCGGCCACGUCCACAUCCUCGGCGCUGGCCAGGAGUGAUCUGCUGAUAGACUGA